GGAUCGCGCGCCGCUCUCAGUGUUCGCGAGGAUCAGACUGAAGAUGAAGAGCAAAGCCAAACUCACCCAUCCUGGAAAAGCCAUCCUGGCAGGUGGAAUCGCAGGAGGCAUUGAAAUCUGCAUCACCUUUCCUACAGAGUAUGUGAAGACUCAACUACAGUUAGACGAGAAAGCCAACCCGCCCCGUUACAGAGGCGUCACGGACUGUGUGUCACAGACGGUCCGUCAUCAUGGAGUGAAGGGUUUAUAUCGAGGUCUCAGCUCGCUGCUGUACGGAUCCAUCCCUAAAUCUGCAGUCAGGUUUGGUGUGUUUGAGAUACUCAGUAACCAGAUGAAGGACGAGGCUGGGAAGCUCAAUAGCACUCGAGGGUUAGUCUGUGGUUUGGGCGCCGGCGUGAUGGAGGCCGUCCUGAUCGUCUGUCCCAUGGAGACCAUAAAGGUGAAAUUCAUCCAUGAUCAAACCUCGGCUAAUCCCAAAUACAGAGGCUUUUUCCACGGAGUGCGAGAGAUCGUCAGAACUCAAGGAAUCAGAGGGACGUAUCAAGGCCUCACAGCGACCGUCCUCAAACAGGGAUCCAAUCAGGCGAUCCGCUUCUCCGUCAUGACCUCUCUCAGGAACUGGUACAAGGGUGACAAUCCCAACAAAUCCAUCAACCCCAUCAUCACAGGAGCGUUUGGAGCGAUCGCAGGAGCGGCGAGUGUGUUUGGAAACACGCCGCUGGACGUCAUCAAGACCAGAAUGCAGGGUUUGGAAGCUCAUAAGUAUAAAAGCACAAUGGAUUGUGCCAUGAAGAUCAUGCAGCAUGAAGGACCAGCGGCGUUUUAUAAGGGCACGGUCCCGCGGCUGGGCCGAGUGUGUUUGGACGUGGCCAUCGUCUUCAUCAUCUACGAGGAGGUUGUGAAGGUCCUGAACAAAGUCUGGAAGACCGAGUGAAGGAAUGAAGAGCAGAAGAGACGAGACACCAUCACUGUGACGUUCCACCUUUAAACACACACAUAAUAUCUGAAAAUCAUUUCAUAUAACAGCUCUAAAAACUGCAGUCAAAUUAACAUUAAACAUUGUAGGUGCCAAACUUAACAGAUUUUGUCUAUUAAUAAAUAGAUUAUUUAACUGCUAGAUUUAAUAAAGAACUCUGAGAGAGAAGUGUGACAGUAAAUGAAUUUAAUGUUUUAACCAGAGAAAAUCUUUAAGAGGAAGUGGGAAUAUUUACAUAUUGGGAGUGUUUGAAUAUUUAUAGAUAUAUUUACUUAACUACAGAUCAUUCCAUUAUGAAAUAUAUUUUAAAUUUGAUUAUUUUUUAUGUUUCUGACAUUUCUACUUAAAAUGUUUUGUUUUUAUCAAAGGCUAAUAUUUUUACAUUUGUAAAACCUUUUUUUAUUAAUUCAUUUGAAUAUAUUUAUUUUCCUGUUGCACACGUGCCUUUAACCAUCAAACUCUGAAAUUAAUUUUUCAACACAAACAGACAUUUUUAAUAAUUCUUUUGUCAGUUAUGAAGCAUCUUUUGUCAGGCGUGACCUGCUGUGUCUGUCUAUGUGCAAUAUCAGCUGUAUUCAGUGAAUGUCAAAUACAUACAUGUUCUGAAAUGUGACUGAUUCACCUCUGAGCGGACCUGAUAUGGAUUAUUAAAGUGUUUUUGCAGCAUGCAUCUCCAGCUGUGUGUGUGUGUGUGUGUGUGUCAGUCUCUGUUGUAUGAGGUGAAAUAGUGUCAUCUAUCUUUUAUUGAUCCUAAUUGAAUGUGCUGCUGCUGGCCGCUAGAGGGCAGAAUCAGCACGGACAGAUGUUUGGGUCUCGUGCUUCAGUGUUGAUCUGUGUGUGUGUGUGUGUGUGUGUGUGUGUGUGUGGGCCCUUUAGAAAUACUCUGUGGGAUUGUUUGUGCCAUAUACUGUUAUGUGUAUGUUCUUGGCCUUUUCUUUGUAGAUCUAGAGUGAAGGCUUCUUAAAACUAAAUGCUAAUGUGCUAAUAAAAUGAUUUUAUUUUCACAGUUAAAUCAGCUCUGUGACAUUAUUGUGUUUUUAAAGUACCUUUAUUUUAAAGUUUGUGUAAACAAGGUCUGAUUUUUGCACAAGAUGAACAACAAUCUCACAGAUUACUCUAUCUACACUUUCAUUCAAAGUUUUUUAAAGAAAUUAAUACUUUUAUGGAUG